CAGCCCUGGCCUUGCCCAGCUCCGUGUCUAGAUUCUCACUCGUCCCGCGCCCUUCUGGGCGCCCGACACCGACUGGACCGCCAGGGUCCAGCCACCCCCCUCCUGGACUGGCCCGGCUAGAGGGACCGCAGUGGAAAAGGUCAAGUCUAGCGCGUCCGCCACCCGGUGCACGCGGAGCCGGGGAGCGCAGACACCGCGCGCAGCCCCGCUCGCCAAGUAGCGGCGCGGCGCGGCCCCAGCCACCUCCUGCAGCCGCGCGUCGCAGCGUGGCGUCCUUGCUCCGGGUCCGCCGCUCGGAGGUCGGCCUGGGGAGGCCAGGGAGCCGGGAGCCCGGUGCCCCUAUGUGCCGCCGCGCCACCGCGCCGCCCCAGCUAUGACCCUGAGCACGGAGAUGUCCGAUGCCUCCGGCCUCGCCGAGGAGACAGACAUCGACGUGGUGGGGGAGGGCGAGGACGAGGAGGAGGAGGAGGAGGACGAUGACGACGAGGGAGGCGGCGGCAGUGGCGGCGGAGGCGGCGGAGGCGGCGGCGGGUCCCGGUUGCCCGGCUCGGCCCAGCGGCGGCGGCGCUCUUACGCCGGGGAGAACGAGCUCGAGGACCUAGAGGAAGAGGAGGACUACGAUGACCUGCUGCUGGCCUCGCGGCCCGCCGCGUCCCCCGCGCCUCCGGGUCCCGCGCCCGCCCCGGGGAGCGGAUCGGGCGGCUGCAGCGGCGCGGGAGCGGGAGGCGGCGCGGGAGGGGGCGCGGGCGCGGGCGCGGGCACGGGCGGGGGCGCCAAGAACCCGCUGGUGAAGCCGCCUUACUCGUACAUCGCGCUCAUCACCAUGGCCAUCCUGCAGAGCCCCAAGAAGCGCCUGACGCUCAGCGAGAUCUGCGAGUUCAUCAGCGGCCGCUUCCCUUACUACCGGGAAAAGUUCCCCGCCUGGCAGAACAGCAUCCGUCACAACCUGUCGCUCAACGACUGCUUCGUCAAGAUCCCGCGCGAGCCGGGCAAUCCGGGCAAGGGCAACUACUGGACGCUCGACCCGGAGUCCGCAGACAUGUUCGACAACGGCAGCUUCCUGCGGCGCCGCAAGCGCUUCAAGCGCCAGCCGCUGCUCGUUCCCCACGCGGCGGCCGAGGCGCUGCUGCUGCGCGGCGCGGGGCCGGCGGCGGGCGCGGGGGACCCGGGCGCCGCGCUCUUCCCGCCGCCGCCGCCGCCGCCGCCGCCCGCCUGCGGCUACGGAGCCUACGGCUGCGCCUACGGCCUGCAGCUGCCGCCCUGCGCGCCGCCCUCCGCGCUCUUCGCCGCUGCGGCUGCUGCCGCCGCCGCCGCCGCCUUCCAUCCACACUCGCCCCCGCCCCCGCCGCCGCCGCCGCCGCCUCCCGGUGCGGCCGCCGAGCUGGCGCGGACCGCCUUCGGCUACCGGCCGCACGCGCUGGCCGCCGCCCUGCCCGGCCAGUUGCAGGCGGCCGCAGUCAAGGCGGGAGGCCCCGGCGGCGCAGCGCUCGCACGCUCGCCCUUCUCCAUCGAGAGCCUCAUCGGGCGCACUCGGGGUCCCACGGCCGCCGGGGCGCACGCCUCGCCCGGGGCCGCCAGCGGGACAGCCCCGGGAGCCGGGGGCGGAGGCUGCGCGGUGCAGGCGGCUGCGGGUCCUGCCGUCGCGCUCACCCGCUCGCUCGUGGUCGCCGCCGCGGCCGCUGCCUCCUCGGUGUCGUCGUCUGCCGCGCUGGGGACUCUGCACCAAGGGACUGCGCUGUCCAGUGUGGAGAACUUUACUGCUAGGAUUUCCAAUUGUUAGAAAACGCCGUUAGCGCGCGGGAGAGAGUGAAGGUAGGACCCUCGGCUCCUUUCUCCGGAUGGGGGGUUGGUUUUGUUCGCCCCUCCCGUCCCUCGGCGACCUCGCGCCCGCAUUUUCGCCGCUUCGGAUUCUUGGAGCAGACCGUGUUGGGCGACAGCUGGGGCGCCGCGCAGUUUGGCUCAGAGGGUCAAUCUAUUUAAGCAAAUUCGCCCUUUGCUGCAACCCUGACUUGGCGUGGGAAGGAGGGGAGUCUUGGCACUAGGAAUUUCCUUGACUUUUGACAAAUUGAGAAAAACCAAGCAAAAUUAUCAAAACUAAGCCUUUUUUUGAGGUGUAGAGAUUCUCAGGUUCAGGCGUUUAAAAAAAAAAAAUCAGUAAUGUUUAAAUGCAGCUUAUAUAAAACCAGUAAAGGUCUCCAAGAAAUGCCUUUAUUUGUUCACACUUGUUUGGUAUACUUUAUCAUGGAAAGGAAAAAAAAAUGAUUAACAUGUUUACACAAGAAACAAGUCGAAACUUAUCAUUUCCUAUUUUUAACCUGUGUUUUGUAUCAUAAUGGACAUGCGGAAUUUUUAUUUUGUACUUACUACGUAUUCUUUGCAAGGAGUAUUGUAAAUUUUACUGGCAAUUAUUAUUGUACUAUUCUAAUGUAAGAUUUUUUACACUUUUUUUCGGAAAUAAAAUGCUUAAUUUUCAAAGAAAAGCCAC